AAUAUCAUCUUUUCUAGACCCAACUAUGUUCUCGCUCCGUACCCUUCUUGUUAUACUUCUCUUCGCUUUGAUAGCGAUUGUUGGAUCCAUCAACGGGGAACCGGGGUGUGGUGGUUCAUCUCCCACCUGGGAAGACAUGCACGACGAACAAGCGCGACAAAGUUUGGACAAUGCAGACAAGUUUGGUAGGAUCACUCUCGAUUGUGAAACUACUGGUGGUGGAGGCAACGGUGCAAACAACGACAGAAGGCCAUCAACGCAGCUAUUGUCAACUCCUCUCAAGGACAAGUGGGAGCUAAAGAAGGGCUAUGGAAUGGAUGAGAAGACGAAAACAGUUGCCAUGACCAUGAGUGCUCCAGCAGGAAAGCUUUCAAAUGGUGACACCAAUGUUUGAUACCAAAAAGAAAAAUAAAUGUUUGAAACAAUCAUUGAACUCGUUGGAUCUGAUAAUCUUUCUCUUGAUUUCUUUCUUUUUUUCUUGUCAAGAUUUUGUUUUGCUAUAAAUGAUAUGAUGAUCGUUUCUGCUGUUGUCGUCCUUGCAUUACACAUAAUUUCAAAAGCUUGUGUAACUAAAUACUUUAUUAUCUU